AUGGCUGAAGGAAACCAACAGGACGCUUUUCUUGGACUCGCUCCAGAGGAUGAGAAAUUCGCUAAGAAUCUCAUCGCUAAGCUUGCUUUGAGUUCGCUGUCAUUGCCAUUGACAGUCACCCGAACCCUCAUUCAACUUGGCCACGAACCCUUCCCGCUGUCGACUGGAAAGACCCUCAUUUGCGCUGGAAGAAAUGCGUAUUUCCUCCCAAAUGCUUUUAGCUACAUGAAGCAAUUGGCUGACACUCGUGGAUACACCACAUUGUGGACCGGACUCGAUUCAGCCAUCGUUUCAUUGGCCGUUCAGGGAAUCGCCUCCCAUCGUACUCAACAGUACAUCGACGAGCACUACCCGAAUAUUGGAGGACCACUUGUUAAUCAAGACAAGGAGGAAGAUGAGCUCACCGAUGCUGAGUCGUUCCGUAGAGUUUUGCGCAACGGCUUCCGCGACUCGGUAGUUCGUGUUGUCGCGUCUGCUUCAUUCGUCAAGUUGCUCAAAUCAUUGGCAACGAGACCAAGUACGCCACUUGUGCUCAGGCAUUGGGAAUUAUCUGGAAAGCAAGAGGGCCCAGGAGGACUUUUCAGUGGACUGGCUCCACAAAUUCUCGGAGAGCUACUCGUCAUCUGGGGAGUUCAUCUUGUGACUCACGGAAUCCAAAGAGCAAUCCUUCGAACCGAAGUCGGAGACACCAAGCAAAAAGACGAGUCUAAAGCCAAGGCUGCCAAGGAUGUGCACAAGUUCAUUCAUACUGCAGUUCCAUUCGUCGUCAACUCUUUCGGCUAUCCAUACAGUGUGGUUUCCAGCGUUAUGGCUGUUGCCGGAUCUGGACUCGCUGUAUCAUUCCUGCCAUACUCUCCAUCUUUCAACAACUGGCAUGGAGCAUGGGACUACCUUCGUCCAACCGGACUGAAGCGUGGAAGUCGUUUGUUCCUCCGUGAACAAGUUGGAGCUGUCACAGUUGGACCAGACCAGCAAUUGUACGCCAGCAAUUCAUACUUCGCAUAA